GAAGAGGAAGCCUGCCAUCUAAUGGACAAUGAAAGACUUGCAGGCUGUCAGCAGGUUACUCUCUACAGACUGAACAUUGACCUUUCUAUAUGAACUUCAGCUCAAAUACCCACUGUGGCAGUCACACCAGCAAAGAAAAUAUCCUACCUUCAAGUAAAGUAGAUGCCUCACAGGCCCAGAGGCCCAAACAGCGGACAGUGCUUGGAGUCCUGUCAGAAAAUGAGCAGCGUGGCCGAUCUGUCAGCAAGGGAGGCCAGUUUUCCAAACACAGUUCGGUCUCAGACAGCUCCCAGGUCACCUUCCUUGGCUGCACCUCCAGUUCUGGCUAUGAUGUUUAUGUUGAAGAGGCUUGUGAAGUUGUUCUUUCAGUUUCUGGUCAAGAAGAAGUGUCACAGAGUUAUCACCUUGACACUGAAACCUCCGCCCUGCAAAAUGAAGCUCUGAGAUUCCUGCUGGAGCUUAGUUCAAGUCAAUGCCAGGAAUCGUGUAUGCAGUCUGAAAAAGAUGAAUCCCUGAUGUCAGACGAGGUUCUGUGUGUGUCUGAGUACGCAAAGGAAAUUCACAAACACCUGAGGCAGAGUGAAAUGAAGUUAAGGGCGAAACCAGGCCACUUGGAGAAACAUCCCGAGAUCACCAGCAACAUGCACGUCGUCCUGGUGGACUGGAUGGUGGAAGUCGCCCAGGAGUACAAGCUUCGCACUGAGACUCUGCACCUCGCUGUCAACUACUUGGACCGUUUUCUCUCCGGCACAGAAUUAAUCAAACGGGGAAAUCUGCAGCUGGUUGGCACAGCAGCUUUACUGAUUGCUUCAAAAUACGAGGAGAUCUACCCUCCUAAGCUGAAUGACUUUGUGUACAUCACCGACAGCACCUACACGAAGGUGCAGCUGAUUCAGAUGGAGCAUUUUCUCUUGAACGUGCUGGCCUUCAAGAUGGCAGCGCCCACCACGAACCAGUUCUUUCGUCUUUUCAUGUCCAUCCACCCUGUCUGUGCCAACACAGAGAACCUGUCACUGUAUGUAGCUGAGUUAAGCCUGCUGGAAAUCGAACCCUUCCUACACUAUACCCCAUCCAUAGUCGCAGCCGCAGCCUUUUGCCUCGCCUCGUACACUGUGAACAAAUCACUCUGGCCUGAUUCCUUAUCUGUGUUUACUGGCUACACCAUGGCUGACAUUGGCCCUUGCCUAAAUGAGCUCCACAAGCUAUACAUCAGGGCAGAGAGUCACCCACAACAAGCUAUCAGGGACAAGUAUAAGAGUUCAAAGUAUUGUUGUGUGUCAUGGAUCAGUCCACCUGAUACUCUGCCUGUUUCAUGACUCACUGCUCCACCCAUCGACUGACACUUCUGCCAGAACAAAGACUGAGAACAAAACUGUCUGCAGAUAUUUGUCUCUCCCCUGGACAC